CCACAUAUUAAUCCUGACUAACCAGAGAGGCUGUGUCUGGGCGCACUUUUUUGCGUCCGAUGAACCUGCUCCCAAUCGACACUCGUCCUCGUCCUCGUCUUCACCACAUCCUCAUCCUCAUCUCCUCGUCCAUCACCAACUCCUCUCUGCCCUCUCUCCUCUCCUCCUUGGGCGCGUGUGCCUUCUGAACUUCUCUGCAGUGCUUCCCAGCAGCGUCUCCUGUCCACAAUGUCGACGGCCUCGCAUCUGCAUCAAAUGUUCGCGGCCUCCCGACCCCGGACUCGCGACCCAGUCCGUCUUUUCGUGCUUCAGCUUGUCCUCCUCCUCGCCCUCUUCUCCCGCCAUGUCUCUGCGUCGCCUAUUCUUGAAGUCGGAGUCUCCUCCUCUGCCUCCUCUCUAUCCUCCUCAGCAACGACCACCACCUCAUCCUCCUCAACCCUCACGCUCGCAUCGGCUAUUACAGUAGGCUCCAGCACCUCCUCGCUCGCCAUCGCAGGCUCGAACGCAACCGCAGGCUACGGCACCGCCUACCAGAUAAACAUCGUCAGCGACUCCCUCUCGCUCGACUACACCGUGCCCGUCAACCCAUUGACCGUCGAUGCAUCCAGAGUCGGUAGUUCGAACAUCACAUACUACGGCGAGAUCGUCCCGUUCUACGCAAACUCCUCCAUCCAGCUCAACGACUCCCUCAUCGCCUACAUCUCCUGCGACGAUUCCUCCGCCGGCCUCGCCGUCGCCCAGGCAUCGAACUACAACCCCUCCUUCAUCCUGCUCUACUCGACCGCCUCCAAGUCCUGCGAAUUCGUCUCCUCCUACAAACAGUACAACACCAACCUCGGCGCCGUGUUCUCGGUCCUGUCCGCCUCGAUCGGAAAGCAGAUAUUCUCGUCCACGCGAAACAGCGCUUCCCUGCUCGAAGCAUCGAUCGUCGUCAACACUACCUACAUCUACAACGCGCUCACCUCCACCGCCUCCUCCUCCGCCAUCUCUUCCACCAAGUCCUCCUCAAAGACCUCGAGCCCGCACACCACAACCAUCUACGCCACCCAAACCGUCUCGCCAACCGUCACAAACCCGGGCUUCUCGACCUGGACACCCGCAGUCGACCCGACCUCGACCGUCGACUCCUCCUCCGCCGCCUCCUCCAGCUCCGCAAACUCAGACGACAACGGCGGCAGCAAAACCGCCGUGGCAAUGAUCGUGCUCUACUCCGUCACCGGCCUCGUCUCCUGCUUCUUCCUCCUCAUCAUCAUCCUCGGCGCCGUCCGCGCCCACCGCCACCCGGAGCGGUACCAGCUCACCACGAACUCGGACGGCACCGUCCAGCGCACGAAUCGCGCGCGGGGCCUUGCGAAAGCGGUCCUGGACUCGAUCCCGCUCGUGCGUCUGCCGCAGCCGCCCGAGCCGAACUUCAAUCGCUCGACGAGCGUCGCGAGCGGGACGACCGCGGCCGAGGACGGGAUCAAGCUCGCGGAGUUGGAUCAUGAUACCGGGCGCCGUCUGUCGCGGACCGAGAGCGAUGGCGUGUCGAAGGAGGAGACGACUGUUGACAGUGCAGCAGUAACUGCAAAUGAAAGCAGCACUGCUGCGUCGCAAGAGCCGGUAUCAGAGGAUCUUCUCCCGUCCUCCAUGAUCCCGCUCGACGGAUGCCCUAUCUGCUUCGAACCCUUCCUGCCCGGGCAAGACCUGCGCAUCCUGCCGUGCCAUCACGGAUUCCACGCCUCGUGCGUCGAUCCGUGGUUACUCAACUCGUCCUCGCAGUGCCCGCUUUGCCGAGUCGAUCUCAAUCUGCGGGUGGGCGAAGAUAUCCCUGAUAUGCCACCGGGCCUGAUCGACGCCGACGAGACAGGCCAACAUACUCCCUCCGCCGCCGCCCCUGCAGCGCCACCCGCGCAAAUCGACGAAGAAGGCUGGGCGAGCGUCAGACUCAACAGAUUCCUAGAUCGCUGGAACGCGCAGUUACUGCCGGCUGAAGAGCGGCGGGUUGCGCUGCAGCGCGUGCGCGAGGAGCAGGAGGCGAGGCAGCGCAUGCGGCGGUUGCGCGAGGAACAUCUGGGGAGUAGCGAGGGGCGGAAUACGUGGCGGCGGUUUGUCGAUAUGAGACGGCGGAUGUUUCAUUUACAGCAGCAGCAGCAGCAGCAGCAACAGCAGGAGCAGGAGGAGGAGCAGCAAUCAAGCCAGACUUCUGAAGAGUCCUCCGCCGGCGGUGAUCGUGAAACAACUACAAACGAACGCACACAGUAAUUUGAAAGUCUAGCAUUACAGCAAUAUGGUGCUUACGACUCUCUUUCCCUGCACACUCCUUCACGCACGACAUUCAUUCGCUAGAGACUUUUCAACAUACUAAUAAUCUAUUAAUGGGAUAUACAUCGGUUCAUUCGUUCAUUCAUUUAUCUAUCUAUUUAAUAUUUCUUGCUAUCGUACAUUCCUUUGGUUGAUAUACAGCUUCAAUCUUGCUUUUGUGCUUUUCCUUUGCUGUUUGGGAAGUUUAUUGUUUUGGUUGUUUUAUGUGGUCAUGUAUAUGAGCUGAUGAUGACAUUUGAGAAUUUACGAGGAAGAAAGAGUCGUCGUGUUUUGUAUAUCUGAUCAAUAUAGCAAAAAUAGUUGCACUUUUAAU